AUGUCGUCGGAAUCAGGACUUGAAACUGACUAUUUGACGUUGACACGCUUCAUUAUACAAGAACAAAGAAAAUUCCCGUCUGCUACAGGUGAGCUGACACAGCUAAUGAAUGGCUUGCAAACAGCUAUUAAGGCUGUCUCAAUAGCUGUUCGUAAAGCAGGGAUGAUUAAUCUUUAUGGUUUAACCGGUUCCAGUAAUGUGCAAGGUGAAGAUGUAAAAAAAUUAGAUGUUCUAUCAAAUGAUUUAUUUAUCAAUAUGUUAAAAUCAUCUUAUUCAACUUGUUUACUUAUCUCAGAAGAAAAUGAUGAAGCUAUAGAAGUGGAAUUCGAUAAACGAGGAAAAUAUAUUGUUUGUUUUGAUCCAUUAGAUGGUUCAUCAAAUAUUGAUUGUUUAGGUUCAAUUGGUUCAAUAUUUCUUAUUUUACGUUCAUCAUUAAAUAAUGAGAAAAGUGAAAUAUCUCAUAAACUAGCAUUACAACCUGGCCGUCAAGCUGUUGCUGCUGGUUAUGCUUUAUACGGUAGUGCUACAAUGUUUGUUUUAACUGUUGGAACUGGUGUACAUGGUUUUACAUUGGAUCCAGCAAUUGGUGAAUUCAUAUUGACACAUCCUAAUAUCUCUAUUAAACCACGUGGAAAUAUUUAUUCAAUUAAUGAAGGUUAUGCAAGUCUUUGGGAUGAUGCUAUUACAGAAUAUAUUCGAAUGAAAAAAUUUCCUGAAUCGGGUAAACCUUAUAGCGCACGUUAUUGUGGAUCUAUGGUUGCUGAUGUUCAUCGUACAUUAAUUUAUGGAGGAAUUUUUCUUUACCCAAGUACAAAACAAUCUCCUAAAGGAAAGCUAAGAUUAUUAUAUGAAUGUAAUCCAAUGGCAUUUAUUAUAGAACAAGCUGGUGGUUUAGCAACAAAUGGUAAAAUUUCUAUCUUAGAUAUACAACCAAAUCAUAUACAUGAUCGUUCAGCAAUAUUUCUUGGUAGUCAAGAAGAUAUCAAAGAAUUAA